GUCAAUCCUGGCCAGGCUGACUGGUGACUUCAACUGCAGACACAGCUGCGACUCCCGGCAGCAGUUCUGACCGAGGCUCUGCUCACCGUAAGACGGGCUCUUUCGUCACCUCCGGGAAAAAGCUUGCACAACACCGGGAUAACUAAGGAACUCCAUUCCCGACUGCGCCGCCUGCCUGAGGAACUACAUUUCCCAGCAGGUACCAGGGCGGCUACGUCGUUUCCCAGCGUGCCCUGAAGUUCGGCAGACGCUGGAAUUAACCCCUUAUUGGCUGCUGUCCCCAGUUGAGCAGCAACCAGAGCAGGGCCCAGCCAUUCCCCCUGCAGAAUGCCAGAGGGCCCAGAGCUGCACCUGGCCAGCCACUAUGUGAAUGAGACAUGUAAGGGGCUGGUAUUUGGUGGGUGUGUGGAGAAGUCCUCUGUCAGCCGAAACCCGGAGGUGCCCUUUGAGAGCAGUGCCUACCGCAUCUCAGCUUUAGCACGAGGCAAGGAGCUGCGCCUCACACUGAGCCCCCUGCCUGGGUCUCAGCCCCCUCAGAAGCCACUCUCCCUUGUCUUCCGCUUUGGUAUGUCUGGAUCCUUCCAGCUGGCACCAGCAGAAGCACUGCCGCGCCACGCCCAUCUACGUUUUUACACUGCCCCGCCUGCCCCCCGGCUUGCCCUUUGCUUCGUAGACAUCCGCCGCUUUGGCCACUGGGACCCUGGGGGUGAAUGGCAGCCUGGACGUGGACCCUGUGUCUUGCUGGAGUAUGAACGGUUCAGAGAGAAUGUACUUAGGAACCUAUCGGACAAAGCCUUUGACCGGCCCAUCUGCGAGGCUUUAUUGGACCAGAGGUUCUUCAAUGGCAUCGGGAACUAUCUUCGGGCAGAGAUCUUGUACCGGCUGAAGAUCCCCCCUUUUGAGAAGGCCCGUACAGUUCUAGAGGCCCUGCAACAGUGUCGGCUGAGCCCAGAGCUGACCCUGAGCCAGAAGAUCAAGGCCAGACUGCAGAACCCAGACCUGCUGGAACUGUGUCACUUGGUGCCCAAGGAAGUGGUUCAGCUGGGGGGCAAAGGCUAUGGGCCUGAGCGUGGAGAGGAGGAUUUCGCUGCCUUUCGAGCCUGGCUUCGGUGCUAUGGCGUGCCAGGCAUGAGCUCUCUGCGAGACCGGCAUGGCCGUACCAUCUGGUUCCAGGGUGACCCUGGACCCUUGGCACCCAAAGGGCGCAGAUCCCGAAAGAAGAAGUCGGAGGAAACACAGCUGGGGGCUGAGGACAGAAAAGAGGACCUUCCCCUUGCAAGCAAGUCCACUUCCAGGACGCGGAGGGCCAGGAAGCACCCUCCUAAGAGUAUAGCUCAACAAUCUGAAGGGGCCAGCCUCCACCAAAACCGGGAAACACCUACAGCCCCCGAGAAAGGAAAGAGAAGGGGGCGACAGGCAAGCACAGGCCGCCGCAGACCCACGAAGAGUAAGCCUGACACCCAACCCAUGGAGGCUGGGGAGAGUUCAGCCUCAUAGAUGGAGGCCUUGCUCUGCAUCUAGGGGCAUGGCUGAAGCCCUAAAAGCAGCAUUUGUAGGGCUGCAUGCCCUAGGCCCUGUGACUUUUCCUGCACAACUGUUUUCUGAGUCAGGGUCUCACAUGUCCUGCCCUUGAACCCAUAUGGACCUGAAGAUGACAUUGUCUCCUGUUUGAUUGUCCUGCCUUCAUUUCCAUGGUUGCUCGGAUUCAGGUGUGAGCCGAGCCACCACGCUCCGCUGACUGAUUUGUUGUUUGCUUUUUCAAGACAAAGGUUUCUCUGUGUAGCCCUGACUGUCCUGGAACUCAUGCUGUAGAUCCGGCUGGCCUCGAACCCAGAGAUCCGCCUGCUUCUGCCUCCCAAAAUGUUGGGAAAUGUAUGCCAUCUUUAACAAUUUUUUUUAAAAAUCCCAAGUAAAAACCACUGUCCAACUAGUAAA